CAGUCCCUGUGUUCUUGAGCUAAGCACAGCAGGUGACUAGAUGUUAUCACUUUAUUGUUCCUGCUCCUAGGGAGAACAUGUGUUCUCCAUUCACCAGGGGAACAAGGCUAGCUUUUUAUGCGAAAACCAACAAGGCUGCAGAUAAGAUCCUUGUGUCAAGUGGUGAUCAUAUCAAUUUAAACUGCUCUAUAGAUACAAAGUUGGAGAAAUACACUGUAUUCUGGGAAUUCCUCAACAUGACCGGAUACAGAAUCACAAAAGAAAUUUAUGCUGACCGUAAUGAAAGAAAUGCUGACACAUCAUAUAACAUUGAUCAGGCCAAAAUAUAUGAUAUUGGGAAGUAUAACUGCACCAUACAUAGGAUAACACCACCACCUAGCAAGAACUUUUCAGCGUCCCUUAUCCAUCUCUUUGUCCAAGCUCCUCCAAACAUGUCUCUAAAUUCUACAAUUGGUAACAAUGAUAAUGUAACUGCCCAGUGUUCUCUUCACGAAUUCUACCCAAAAGAUGUGAAUGUCUCCUUAAAAACAGCUUGUGGAAAUGUGCAAUAUCUGAAUGACCCUCUACUUACAAGAAAUGCAGAUGGAACUUAUAAUGCUAUCCAUGGGUUUUUUGUGAAUAUCUUCAACUGUGUCAGCAUUAUAACAGUGACCUGUGUGGCAGAACAUCAAACUGGCGGGUUAAACAUUUCUGUAAAACUCAUAAAAGCAAGACCAGAUGACGGGCUGCAGAAAAAUUAUUUCACAUGGUACAGAAUUGGCGGAAUUCUGAUAUUACUGCUUCCUCUAACUUACCUUAUCCACCAAAUGGGAAAAGAUCACUGUUCUGCGUGCAGAGCCUGUUACUCAUCAAGACAAAACAUCACCAGCACCAAUGAUGUAGCAGCACAGUCACUGAAUGAAUAAGAUUGUAAGGAUGAGAAUAUGGAUAUUGUCUAUUUAAUGCCAACCUUCAAGAGGACAAAUGUAAGGGAAACAAAAAUAAAUGAAAGGGAGACUGAAUAUGCUGCUUUGAGACAUACAGUCACAACACCCCCAGGAGCAUACAACUGAAUACUUUUCAAGAUGUUAGAA